CUUCUAUCACAGCGUCCGGCUUUUUAAGGCGACAAUAUAGCGAUUUCCGUUUUUGAAGGAUCUACCACUUAACUACAUAUGCAACAGCUAAUAUCUUCACGGAAAUGAAAAUAACCGCUAUGAAUUCAGAUUGAAACAUAUUUGGAGGUUUGAAAAGCAAAAUGAUGAUUGGGAAAACAUAUAUUAUUGUUCUUAUUAUAGGUUUAAUAGCGUUUUCUAAUGGAGCGACAACAAUUUCGUCGACAACUGUUUCACCAGACGCUAUGGAGCCUUCUACGAUGGAACAGUCAUCUGAGUCUGAUGCUGCAACAACGGUGAUGUCAGCUGACGCUGUAACCACCACUUCUUCGGAUGAUGCAACGACUAAUCCCCAACCAGCAGCAACAACAGUCAUGGCUGAAACAACCCAACAGGCUAUGACAGUACCAAUGAUGGAUCCAACAACAGGAAUAAUGAUGGACCCAACAACAGAAAAAAUGAUGGACCUAACAACAGAAAAAAUGAUGGACCCAACAACAGAAAAAAUGAUGGACCCAACAACAGGCCCAAUGAUACCAGUAACAAAAAUAAUGGAAAGAACGACAACUCCUCCAUGUUCUGGCGCAAACUGUAAUGGUCAGUCACAAGAAUCAGAAUUUGGAAGAGUAGGCCUGGUGGCUUUUGGAAUUAUGUUUGCAAUUUCCGUUAUACUUCUUGUCUUGCUGAUCAUCGUGGUAUAUCGAUUCAAGAGUCAGUCUGGUACCUACAAAACUAACGAGGCGUCCAGUCCAAGGCAUAUGAUGGAUGGAAUUCAUAUGACAAUGCCAAUGGAUAAUGGUGGACUCGAUAACGUACACACUAUUGACCUUGAUAAAGGUGAAGGGGAAGAAAGAGGUGCUGGCGUUAGUACGUUUGCAGCAGUCAAUGAACACGAAAGUAAAAAUGGAAAUGGAGUAAAAAGUUCUUUCGGAGCUACCGAUAAAUCUGAGUUCAAAUCAGCAGAUUCGGGAUCAAUAAAUAAUCUGCUUCACACAGAAGAAUCUGAUAAGAACGAUGAUUCAGAUAAAGAAUCAGACACGGAGAAUCCAGACACAUUAAUAGGACUGAAAGUCGAACCAUCAACCGGCGCCUCGGUAGAAUCACUUGAACGAUUGAAAGAAACUGAUAACUUGAUGGACGACGAAGACAAGGAUGAUGCUUCCGGCUCUGAAUCAGAAGAUGAUGAAGAUUUACCACCGCCUGCCUUAUCAGAUUCAGAUAAUGACGAUAAAAAUAAGGGUGAUCAGUCCGAAGUCUAGGAUUUUUUAAUAGGCUAUUUUAUUUUAUUUUAAAAUCUUGUUUCAUUUUUCUAAUUGUGAUCUUGCUCAUUUUUUUUUUACAAAUACGUAUGACUAAUUUUCGUCUACAAAAUAUUCUAUGUGAUCAUACACCAAAAGCGCAUGUAGAUGAAUGAUAGAUUAUGUGAAUGUGUCGUUUUGUUAAUUUUCAUUCUGAUUAAAUUAAUCAUCAUGAUCAUCACCGUCAUCAUCACCAUUAUCAUCUUCAUCAACAUCAUCAUCAUGUAAUUAAUGUAUUGUUGUAUAUAUUAAAAUAUUUAUAAAGUU